AAGGUGUAACGUGAGGCCUACCGGUGUGACGGGGGCUGCCAUUGCCAAAGGGUAGACCGCUAGGAAGCCAGUGAAUGAUUCAUAGACUAUGAAAGUGAGAAGGUUGCUAUGUAAUGUGGAAAUUGCAUUGGUAAAUGUUAUUCUACUCAUACACUAUGCUGAUUCUAUGAGUGAAUGCCCAGUUAAUGAUGGUUAUGUUAGAAGGGGACCUAUUUGCUGCAAAUCUGUCAAAUGUAAAAUAAAUCACGAUUAUAUUUUAUGUAAUGGUACCACUGAACUAGGACAGGACCAGUGUGUUCCAUGUCCAAAAGGCACUGUCAAUCUGGAUGCAAUUGACACCAAAGAUGUUGAUUAUCAUAUUGAAGUCUGCAGAAAACCUGAUUGUGUUUGUGGCCCAGAAGAAGCUAAGCUUAUAAAUCCUGCAGAAUGUAUGGUCACUGGAAGAAAGAUGUGUGAGUGUGACAGGGACAGAGGUUUCUGUGGCCAUGAUCCCAUGAUUUGCCAGCUGUCACAAAAACCAGAGCAACCUUUGGGAAAAGGAAUUGAACUGACUCAGGACUGCACAUUUGAACCAUGCAAGCCUGGAUUCUUCAAAGAAAAGAAAGGACUGGGAAAAUGCGAAAAACAUCAAGAAUGUCCCCAGGGCUUUAUCACAACAUUCAAUGGUUCUAGCAUCAAAAACAGGGAGUGUGAGCCUGAGCGUGAAGUUGUUUCAGAUUUCACAGUAAAACCCAACACCUCAGACACUAGGAGUUCAAGCAAAAGUGAUUCUCAUUCCUGGAGCCUGUCCACGAUAUUAAUUUUGAUUAUAAUUAUUGCUGUAAUAACUUUCCUGGUCUGUGCUUCUAUAUGCUGUUUUUACAUAAGGAAGAGGUUGUCUUCAGGUGACCAGAGUAUAUGUGUCCAUUUUGCUCAGAAACUGAGACUUGUAUUCUCCAGUAGAGCUAAUAUAAGAAAUGAAGGUUUAGAAAGAAAAAAUGAAGAUGAAGAGCAGUCAUUAAUUUUGGACCCUAACCCUCAAGUUCCUGCAAAUACCACUACUUGUGUAAUAAGAGUCGGAGGACAAGAGGAUGAAAGCCAGCAAAAUCUCCAAGCAACAGUCCCAACACAAGCAGUACAGAAUGUAUGUGAAACCAAUGACCAACCAUCAAUGGAAAGAGAAAAACAGUAUUCAAAUGAAGUAACCACUGCCUCUGUUGCCUCAUCAAGCCUUCCAGUUCUGUCCUCAGAAAGUUUACAAACUUCUUCCUUGGAUAAAGUUAAAUCAGGAGUUCACAGUGAAAAGCCUUGUGCAUUUAUCCACAGCAGAAGGAAUCAGAUGUUUUGA